AGCCCCGCGCCGGCCAGUGUGAGAAGCGGCGAGCAGGCGACGCCGCUGCAGCUGCGGCGCAUCCCAUCUCCGGGCCGUGCGUGGACUCGCUGCCGGGAGCCGCGCCCCAGGUCUUUGGAAGUAAAGAUUCAGUAGCUUUGAACUUUAAAAGGCGCUGAAUAUGGAGGCACCCAUCUGUCAUUCCAGCACUCUGGAAGCUGAGGUAUUUUCUACAGAAAGAAAACAAAAUUGAUACCUUGCAUCCUGGAAGUUCAUUUAGGAAUUUGAAAUUAGGGACUUCUUUCAAAUUUGGACAUGGCUAAUCGAGGAGCAACAAGACCCAACGGGCCAAAUACUGGAAAUAAAAUAUGCCAGUUCAAACUGGUACUUCUAGGAGAGUCUGCUGUUGGCAAAUCAAGCCUGGUGCUUCGCUUUGUGAAGGGCCAGUUUCAUGAAUUUCAAGAGAGUACCAUUGGGGCUGCCUUUCUAACCCAAACUGUGUGUCUUGAUGAUACAACAGUAAAAUUUGAAAUAUGGGAUACAGCUGGCCAAGAACGAUACCAUAGCCUAGCACCAAUGUACUACCGAGGAGCACAAGCAGCCAUAGUUGUGUAUGAUAUCACAAAUGAGGAGUCCUUUGCAAGAGCAAAAAACUGGGUUAAAGAACUUCAAAGGCAAGCAAGUCCUAAUAUUGUGAUAGCUUUGUCAGGAAACAAGGCUGACCUAGCAAAUAAAAGAGCUGUUGACUUCCAGGAAGCACAGUCCUAUGCAGAUGACAACAGUUUAUUAUUCAUGGAGACAUCAGCUAAGACAUCAAUGAAUGUAAAUGAAAUAUUCAUGGCAAUAGACAGAGCCUCACUGUAUGGCCAAGGCUGGCCUGGAACUCCAGCUCCUCCUGCCUCAGUCUCCAAAGUGCUGGGAUUACAGGAUGGAGCAACCAUUCCCACUAAAAAGCUGCCAAAGAAUGAACCACAGAAUCCAGGCGCAAACUCGGCCAGAGGACGAGGAGUAGAUCUUACUGAGCCUGCACAGCCAGCCAGAAGCCAGUGUUGUAGUAACUGAAUUCCAGUGUGAACUUCCUAAAUUGCAAAAAACGUGGAGUGGGAGCAUUUAGCCGGCCCAUUGUGACUUCCAAAAAGAGACUUAUGGUAGAAUCAAGUUUCUAAUACUGAAUUAUUUUGAGUGUUUUGAACUUAAUUUUUAAUAACAUGCAUGUAUUCUUCCGACUAAUGUUUCGGCAGUAGAAAGGGAAAUGAGAACUGUGUACAAUUUUUUCCAUGGGAAAGUACAGGGGAACCAUUCGUCUCCAGUUGGUAUGGACCCACACUUAACCCACCUAGUCUCCAAACUGGGAUAAUAGUCAGGUGUGAAAGACUCAAAAUUACUAAUGUGAGCUUUAGAGAAACAUUUUUAGAAGACUAAAAAUAUUUAUGCUUAGCAACAGAAGCCAAGCAAAUGGUAAUUUCUUCUAUUGUCUAAUAAGUGUACAUUCCACAUAUUAAUAAAUAAUCCUAAGAAAACAGUCCUACAUCUCCAGAAAGAAUGAAUAUUAGUAACAUCUUACUCAGUCCUGUUAUUUCUUAAAAUAUGAUUGAAAAGAAGUCAUGUGUAACCCCAUCUUGUUUUAGGAAUAUAAAAACUGAUAAAUGCAUCUUAAUGGAUAAUGGUCCCUUCACGGGAGCUCUUCAACAAAGUGGAAAUAAACCAGGUGUCUGAUUUCUCUUUAAUCACUGUUGGCCAUUACAUAGAGGUCUGUCUGGAGCAGGGAGGGAGCUCUGGUUCCUUUUGGACAUGAUUAGUCAGUGCACUAACAAUUAUGUACAUUCAAACUUGAUGAUUUUAAAUAUGAUCUUCAGCUGUACUGUAAAUAGAGUACUGCAUUAUAGUCUCCAUGUUUAUUAUUUUCUGUAAUAUUUAAGAAUUGCCUAAGAGUAUACAAAAUGUACAGUUACUAAAACAGCUAAUUAUUUCUUUCUCCCCCUAUGAAAGGAAGGGGCUUUGCUGUUCUUUCAUGGCUAGAACCAUAAUAAACACUGUACCUGUAAUUUGUAACAUAAGUAUUACAAUGUUAUUAGUAAUAAUCUUGAAACCUUGUUUUUCAAAGUCCAUUUUAUUUUGAUCAGUAUAUUGCACUAAUUAUUUUAGGUAUUUUCAUUAUAUGAAAUCUACCAUGUGUCAGAUGAUUUAAUCUAUUUAAGUGUUGAUCUGCUAGCAGAACUUGUACAUUUUACAGUAACUCAAAAUUAGUAAGGAAAACAGUUCACCAGUGUUUAGUUUUAUAUUGAGGUGCUCAGGUUGGAAUAAAGUGGUAUAAAAAGCAACAUUGAGUUUUCUUUCUCUUUAACAUAAAGUAGU